AUACACUUUUGAGAGAGAGAGAGAGAGAGAGAGAGAGAGAGAGAGAGAGAGAGAGAGAGAGAAUUUUUGAAAGUAUCUUUUGAUGAAGCUCAUGUGAUUGUAUCUUCAGCUUCAGAGAAAAGCAACGAAAUAGACGUUGACUUUAACAUCUUCACCGCGACGCGCCGCCGCCGUGGUUCAGAUCUCCUUCAACGGAGAGUUAGAGCCGCCGGAGGAGAAGGUGGAGCAGAAAAAAGUUCGAAAAUCGGACAACCAAACAACAACCGCCGCGUGUCGUUGCUUCUCCGGAGUUGUUUUUUUUCUCUCUCUCAAAUUUUCAACUGUAAUCUCCAAUCAAAUUCAAAAGUCAAUCCAAAGCGAUCUCCACCGUACAAUUUUUGCUCUCUUCCUCCAAUCAAUAAUUGAAAGCCUCGAGAUAUUUCUUCUCCCCUGAGAAAUCUAAAACCCCAAACAAAGGAUUAAUCACAUACCAAAAUUCCAUAAAUGGGAAAUGCUUUGAGAUUCCUGUACGGCAAAUGCUGCCAACCUGCGGCCGACUCCGACUCGAUCGGCCACCACGGCGUCACCGCCGACAACGUCGGCGUCUCCGCCCUGGCCCAGGACCUCUAUAAUUUUGAGAUCACCAACCAGGUUCCUCAAGGAUUAGGUAAGCAUGUUGUCUCAUCCAGAAAAGCCCAAAUCAACUGGUACAAGAAACUCUCUGAUGCGUGGAGAGAAACGAAACCACCCCCAAAAUCACCUGAAGAAGCUUCAAGGCUUGUAAUUCUGACGUUGAAGCGACAUCAAAAGGCCGAUGUUGAGGGAUUAUUGGCUUUUUACGGUCUUCCGUCGCCUCAUUCUUUGGUUGAGCUCACUACUGUGACCCCUCCAUCACACCAGCAGGGACUCAAAUUUGAAUUGAAUACUCUACCUGUGGACGCAAAAGCUGUGGCAGAUGGAGAUACAGUAACUGUAUACGUUAGCACAAACGAGGCUAGGGAAUCUUCAUGUGUACCUAGAGAAGUCCAAGCGGCAGCUGUUCAAAGAGCAAAAGCUCGUUCUCAGAGGAAUUACGACAAGGCUGAUGAACUUCACAGACAAAUUAUUGAUUCGGGAUAUAGGGUACUAAACAUUCAAAACGAGGAGACUCUUGCGAAAAAAUACAGAAUAAGAUUAAGGGGAAUCGAUGCACCAGAGAGCAAAAUGCCGUUUGGACAAACGGCUAAAGAGGAAUUAACGAAAAUUGUUCAGGACAAGCGUUUAAAAGUCUUGGUAUUUGAUGAAGACCGUUACGGUCGAUGUGUAGGAGACAUAUAUUGCAAUGGCAUAUUUGUGCAGGAAUCGAUGCUGAAGAAGGGGCUAGCAUGGCAUUAUAAAGCCUAUGACAGACGCCCAGAGUUGGAUAAGUGGGAGAAAGAGGCACGGGCGAAACGGAUUGGUUUAUGGGCGUCUUCGAACCCUGAGAUGCCAUGGGAAUGGAGAAAGGAUAGGCGUGAAGGCAGAUAGAUAACCCUGCGAUAUCCUACAGUUGGAUUGAAGGAUUGUGAUUGUAUUAUUACUGUACUAUAUGUAACUUGAGGCUAUGGUAAUUAAUAUUGGCAAGGAAGGAUUCAGCCAUGUAUUAAUAUUGUAAAAUUGUAAGAUUUUUACUAAUUUAUGAAUUUCGUGUGCUUACAAAACUUCGAGAGUGUGCUGUACAGUGUUUCAGAUUUGAUAAUUGUCUGUGAUUUAAUAAAUGCACUGCUUUUAAA